CCAUUAUCAUAUUUUGGUAUCAUUUUAUUGCUAAAGGGCCAUGAGAAGCCUUCUCUGCAUCUUGUUUUUCUUCUCAACCUUUCUUCAGUUCUCUUUAGCAGCUCCCAAGAUCAGGCACUUCAAAUGGGAGGUGGGUUAUCUCUUCUGGUCCCCGGACUGCAUUGAGAACGUUGUGAUGGGGAUAAAUGGUCAGUUUCCCGGCCCGACAAUACACGCAAAAACCGGCGAUACUAUUAAUGUCGAACUCACCAACAAGCUCCACACUGAGGGUGUCGUCAUUCACUGGCAUGGAAUCAGACAGUUUGGGACACCGUGGGCAGAUGGAACUGCAUCCAUCUCACAGUGUGUUACAAAUCCAGAAGAAACCUUUGUUUAUAGGUUUAAAGUUGAUAAGCCUGGAACAUAUUUCUACCAUGGCCACUAUGGAAUGCAAAGAUCAGCAGGGUUGUAUGGAUCAAUCAUAGUGGAAGUGGCAGAUGGUGAGAAGGAGCCCUUCCAUUACGAUGGAGAGUUCAACCUAUUACUAAGUGAUUGGUGGCACAAAAACGUCCAUGAACAAGAAGUGGGUCUCUCUUCAAUUCCAUUUAGAUGGAUUUAUGAGCCUCAGUCUCUGCUGAUCAAUGGGAAGGGCCAAUAUAAUUGUUCCCUUGCGGGGCAUUAUAGUAACUCAAGCUCGGAGACAUGUGAUUUAAAAGGAAAGUGGCAGUGCGCACCCCACUUUCUCCAUGUGCUACCCAAUAAGACAUAUCGUUUGAGAAUUACAAGCACAACUUCUCUUGCUUCUCUAAAUCUCGCCAUUGGGAAUCACAAAAUGUUGGUCGUUGAAGCCGACGGGAACUAUGUCCAGCCAUUCGCCGUUGAUGACAUUGACAUCUACUCUGGUGAGAGCUAUUCUGUUCUAAUCACCACUGACCAGAACCCAAGUAUGAAUUAUUGGGUGUCCAUAGGUGUAAGAGGAAGGCUUCCAAAGACUCCACAAGGCCUUACCCUCAUAAACUAUCUCCCCAACAGUGUAUCAAAGCUUCCAGCCUCACCACCUCCCAUUACUCCUACCUGGAAUGACUAUGACCACAGUAAAUCCUUCUCCAACAAAAUCCUUGCCUUGCAAGGCUCUGCAAAACCUCCAGUCCAAGCUACUAGAAGGAUUGUUCUCCUCAACACUCAGAACAAGAUCAAUGGCUACACCAAGUGGUCCAUCAAUAAUGUCUCCUUGGUAUUACCCUCUACACCUUAUCUGGGUUCCAUGAAAUUUGGUUUAAAAGGUGCAUUCCUUAACAAGAAUCCACCAGAGAACUUUGGCAGUAACUAUGAUAUUAUGAGGCCACCAAUCAAUCCAAACUCGACGCAAGGGAAUGGUGUUUACAUGUUUGCUCUGCACAGCACCAUUGAUGUAAUUCUUCAGAAUGCAAAUGCAUUAUCAGAUAAUGUUAGUGAGAUACACCCCUGGCACUUACAUGGGCAUGACUUCUGGGUGUUAGGAUAUGGAGAAGGUAAGUUCAAUGAGAAGACAGACAUGAAGAAGUUUAACUUGAAGAAUCCACCAUUAAGGAACACAGCUGUGAUCUUCCCCUAUGGAUGGACAGCAUUAAGGUUUGUUGCUGAUAAUCCUGGAGUUUGGGCUUUCCAUUGCCAUAUAGAGCCACAUUUGCACAUGGGUAUGGGUGUAAUCUUUGCUGAAGGAGUUGAGCACAUUGGUAAGAUACCCAAUGAUGCUAUAGCUUGUGGAAUGACUGCAAAGAUGCUAAUGACCGGUCAGCACUAAUGAGACAGCUAUAUAUUUUU